CAUGCUGCUGAACCCGAUCUUCUCCUGCUUCAUCUUUUACGGGACACUGUUAGUCCUUAAAAUGUACAUCAUUGCUAUCAUCACCGGACAAGUUCGCCUGCGGAAAAAGGCUUUUGCCAAUUUGGAGGAUGCCGAGCGGCAUGGAGGUGCGCAGUACUGCCGCACAGACCCGUACGUAGAACGGUGCAGGAGGGUUCAUGUUAAUGACAUGGAAAACAUUUUACCCUUUCUGUUCCUGGGUGCCAUGUACUCUAUGACCGGCCCAUCGCUGACGAUAGCUCGAGGUCACUUCCUUGUCUUCUUCUUGGGUCGGGUCUUGCACACCGUGGCAUACUUGCUCGCUCUGAAAGCGCCAACACGUUCCCUGGCGUACACGAUCGCUCAAGUGCCCUGCGUCUCCAUGGCUAUACAAAUACUCAUUACUGUGGGAUUUUAUAUGUGAGAUUGGACAGUCCUUCAAGAAACUUUACAAGUGUCUGUAAUUAAUGACCAGGUGGGUCAGGAUGUCUUGAUGACUGACUGUGAUGCUCAUAGCUGUGGGUCCGUUGUGAGAAAUGUAUUAACAUUUUACUAAUGAGCCAUCAUGCAUUUUAAACUGACAUAAAAUAGUAAGAGUGGAAUGAUUUUACAUUGCAUAUGUAAAUAUGUAGAAGGCAAAAAUGUCACAUGAAGGUUUGUAUCAGACUUAGAAUCCUUAAACUGGUGGAUCUGAAAGUCCAAAUAUCUUUAGUCAGUUUACAAAGAAUCAAAGAGGAUGAGGUGCUUCAGCUGUUACAGCACCACAUGGCUGGUGUGAAGACAUAAAUGUAUUAAUUAUUAUUAUAUGUGCAGAUUUGAAUACACAGAAGAAGAGUUUUAGUUCUGAACGUUUUCUGAAAAAGUACUGAACCUUUUUCCAAUCCAGUCAAAAUGUUACAACCUAGCACUGGUUUUCACAUCUCAUAUUUAUUUUGCCACUUUUUGUCUGUCUUGCACGAUGCAGCUGUAACAUGUGCUGAACAAACAUUACAUAUAUUAUUCUUUUAGUUUAAUAAUGCUUUAUAUAUUUUAUUGUACAUC